AUGGGAGUCGAUUCGGACAAGGGGCCUACUGCCAAUGUCGUAUCCUCCGCAGAAAGUGGUGGCCAAGAAACCCGCCGGCUUCCCGUCACUCUCCUGUCGGGCUUUCUGGGAAGUGGAAAGACCACUUUGCUAGAGCAUAUUCUCAAAACGCCAGACCAUGGCUUGAAAAUUGCAGUCAUUGUCAAUGACAUGAGCCAGCUGAAUAUUGAUGCUGCUCUCAUCACACACCACGUAGUAUCGCAGACGAAAGAAAAACUCAUCCAGCUCCAGAAUGGUUGCAUCUGCUGUACUCUUCGUGGAGAUUUGCUUUCCGAGCUGGCACGUCUUGCAAAGCAAAAAGAGGUGGAAUACGUUGUGAUUGAGAGCACUGGCAUCAGUGAGCCCAUGCAGGUGGCAGAAACUUUUACUGCGGAAUUUAGCGCUGCUAUGCUUGAAGCAGAGGAUAUAAUCAUGGACACGGAUGAAGAAAGCAAGAAAAUCCUUUCCGAAAUUACGCAGCUUGGAGGGCUCCACAUGGUAGCUACUCUGGACACCACGGUCACAAUAAUCGAUUCUUUCAACUUGUUAUCAAAUUUUGAUACUGCUGAAUUCCUCUCGGACCGUUAUGGUUCGGAUCAAAUCGUUCCAGAAGAUGAACGCACCAUCUCGGACCUUAUGGUUGACCAAAUUGAAUUUGCUGAUGUUGUGAUAAUUAAUAAAAUAGAGACUGUCAGCAAAGAGGUCCGUGGUCGUAUAAAGCAGCUCGUGAACUUGCUAAAUCCUAAUGCCAAGCUCUUGGAGGCCAGCUACUCAAAGGUAGAUAUUAAAGAAAUAAUUGGCACAAAGAGGUUCAAUUUUCUAAAAGCGGCCUCUGGCUCGGGGUGGCUGCAUAGUCUCCACGAAAUGACCAUUAUGAACACAGCACAAGGAAAAAAAAUGGCUCCUAAACCAGAAACAUUAGAGUAUGGCAUUAAUAAUUUUGUAUACACUGCUAGAAAGCCGUUUCACCCGCGCCGGCUCUUUUCUCUUCUCCAUGACAAAUUCGUCCUUCUUCAGCAAACAGAAGAAGAAGGCGGGGAAGAGAGUGGAGAUGAAGGCGAGGGUUCAGGGGAUAUCGAUAAAAUGGAUACGAAUGAGGGCCCUGGUUCUGGGGAUGAAGAUGUAGAGAUGGAAACUGAAAGUAUAAAGGGCUUUGAACAGCCUGACACCUCCGUCAUUCUUGCGAAUAAGCGAGCCCACGCAUUUGGGCGUAUUCUCCGUUCAAAAGGGUUCUUUUGGCUUGCAACUCGACCUCUUCAAUUCGGAGAGUGGAGUCAAGCAGGUGGAAUGCUGACGGUGAACUGUGGAGGCCCUUGGUUUGCAGAAGUCCCUGAUGAUGCUUGGCCAGAAGAUGAGGAUGUCUGCAAAGCUAUUCGAAAUGAUUUUCAGGGAGAAUGGGGCGAUCGAAGACAGGAGAUUGUUUUCAUCGGUGAGGGGAUUGAUGUCGAAAAAAUCAGGGGUUUAUUGGAUGAUUGCCUUUUAGAUGACGCCGACAUGGCUAGAUGGGAAAGGGUGAUGAAAAAGAGGCGGAUGACUAUGGAAAAAAAGGCACAGACGUUGGCUGGAAUGUGGGAAGACGGCUGGGAAGACUGGCCUGCAUUUGAGGUCGAAGAGAGCGAAGAUGAAGAAGUUGGCAGGAGGCAACCAAAGGAAGGGAAGCACAAGCAUCAUGCAAGUGAGUAUUUCGGCCAUUCCAAAAGGCCCAACGGUGUCCAUAACCAUCAGCAUGGCCAUAUCAAGACACUCGAUGGGUCGGACAAGAGGAAGAUGAUAGCAGCUUAG